AUGCCUGCUCCUAGCAAUCGCAAUUACGAUUUCCUGAUCAAGCUCCUGCUGAUUGGUGACUCUGGUGUUGGAAAGUCAUGCUGUCUACUGCGGUUCAGUGAAGACUCCUUCACACCGUCCUUCAUCACCACCAUUGGAAUCGACUUCAAGAUCAGGACCAUUGAGCUGGACGGCAAGCGGGUCAAGCUGCAGAUCUGGGAUACCGCCGGCCAGGAGCGUUUCCGAACCAUCACCACCGCCUACUACCGCGGUGCCAUGGGCAUUCUGCUCGUCUACGACGUCACCGACGAGCGAUCAUUUGCCAACAUCCGCACUUGGUUCCAAAACGUAGAGCAGCACGCCACCGAGGGCGUCAACAAGAUCUUAAUCGGCAACAAGUGCGACUGGGAAGACAAGCGAGUCGUGUCCACCGAGCAGGGUCAGGCGCUGGCGGACGAGCUCGGCAUCCCCUUCCUUGAAGUCUCGGCCAAGAGCAACAUCAACAUCGACCAGGCCUUCUACAGCCUGGCUGCCGACAUCAAGAAGCGCCUCAUCGACAACCAAAAGACCGACGCUGGCGUCUCAUCAGGCGUCAAGGUUGGAGAGGCGAGCGACAACGGCGGCAGCAAGUGCUGCUAA